UUCCUCUUUGAAGAUUAUGGUGCUGAGGUGAGGGUGCUGUGUACUAAACAGCCUUGUCUCUUCACUUGUACGGUGCAGGCUGGAACAGUGAUUUGGAUUGGAAUCCUGGUGUACACAGAUCCUGCUGGCCUCCGCACCUACCUCACGUCGCAGGUCACAGAGCAGAGCCCGCUGGGAGAAGCAGGACUGCCUCCCAUGCCAGUUCCUGGAGGGGUCCUUCCGGCUGGGGAUGCCAAGCUCUCCUUCUCGGUCUUCCCCUCGGAACCCAUGCAGCUGUCAGAGAACCAGACGCAGCAGCAGCGUGAGCAGAAGGAAGGGCUAGAGUCCCGGAAUGGGCUGGAGGCAAAUCAGCAGCCGUGGGCCCAGGGACCGGAGAACCAAGGCAGUGGGCAGCCAGAGCCUGGCACCAAGGCAGAGGUCACAUGGGGCGUGGAGGAUGAGGAGAUCUGGAGGAAGCUCUCCUUCCGACACUGGCCAUCCCUCUUCAGCUACUACAACAUCACCCUGGCCAAAAGGUACAUCAGCAUCCUCCCAGCCAUCCCUGUCACCUUGUUCCUGAAUCCACGAGAAGCCUUAGAAGUGCGCCACCCUCAGGAGGCUAAUCGCUACCACUCUUUCUUCCCUUCGAGCCUCGGGAAAUUGGAGGCAGUGGAUCGGCCUGGUGAGGCCUUGCCCAAACUGCAGGGACACCGGGAAGUCACGCUCUACAAGGUAGCUGCUCUGGGCCUGGCCUCUGGCAUCCUCCUGGUUCUUCUGCUCUUCUGCCUGUACAGAGUGUUCUGCCCCAAAAACUAUGGGCAGAAUGGGCUCUCGCACAGCCGGAGGAAGAGAGGGGACCUGCCCUGUGACGACUAUGGCUAUUCCCCACCUGAGACUGAGAUUGUCCCCCUGGUCCUCAGGGGUCACCUCAUGGAUAUCGAGUGCCUGGCCAGUGACGGGAUGCUGCUCGUCAGCUGCUGCCUGGUGGGUCAGAUCCGAGUGUGGGAUGCUCAGACUGGAGACUGCCUCACUGUCAUCCCCAAACAAGGGUUGCGCAGAGACAGCAGCGGCAUCUUUGAUUACCAGGAGAGCUGGGAUCACAGCCCAGACCCCAAGAACGGGCUGGAAGAUCCCUUUGACAACAGCCACCUGCUCAAGAGGAUGCUGAGCCCCCCGCAGCCCCCUCUGUUCUGCAACCAGCCGGACCUCACCUCUCUCAUCGACACCAACUUCUCAGAGCAGGCCAAGGUGAUGGAGCCAGAGCCCAGGCACCGCGCAGUCUGCGGCCGGCACAAGGACACUGGCUACAACUUCGGCAGACUGGUAGAGAAGGUCUAUGAGGAGCAGAGCGCUUCGAACUGCAUGAACUUUUCUGGCUUCCCGGCCACACAUGGGCAGGCGGUUUCCUGCGCUAGGACGGGCAGCACCAGGCCACUGAGCUGCGGGACUGGGGAAGGAGGGUGCAGCGCCCGCAGGAACAGCCUAGGGGACGAGCCUUUGGCCGGCUUUGAAAAGUCCUUCCCUGUCUCUGCCUGGGCCAGUGAUUUGGAAAGCUCUGUCUGGAGCCUGGACCUGCGGGGCAACCUCAUUGUGGCUGGCCGGAGCAACGGGAAGCUGGAGGUGUGGGAUGCCAUCGAGGGGACCUUAUGGUGCAGUAACGAGGAGAGUCAGUCCGGAAUCACAGCACUCGUCUUCCUGAACAACAGGAUUGUGGCUGCCAGGCUGAAUGGCUCCUUGGAUUUCUUCUCUUUAGAAACCCACUCAUCCUACAACCACCUGCAGUUCCGAGGAACCCCUAGCAGGAGCAGCAUCCCAUCCUCCCCUGUGUGCAGCAGCAAUGACCUCAUCGUGUGCCAGCUGACCCACACGGUGCCCUGUGCCCAUCAGAAGCCAAUCACGGCACUGAAAGCUGCGGCUGGGCGGCUGGUGACAGGCAGCCAGGACCACACUCUGAAAGUGUAUCGGCUGGAAGAUUCCUGCUGCUUGUUUACACUGCAGGGUCACUCAGGAGCAAUCACAGCUGUGUACAUAGACCAGGCGAUGGGGCUAGCGAGCGGGGGCCAGGAUGGCGCCAUCUGCCUUUGGGACGUGCUGACAGGAAGCAGGGUCAGUCAUAUGCAUGCCCACCGCGGGGACAUCACCUCGCUGACCUGCACGACCUCCUGCGUGAUCAGCAGUGGCUUGGAUGACGUGAUCAGCAUCUGGGACCGAAGCUCCGGGAUCAAACUCUAUUCCAUCCAGCAGGACCUGGGGUGCGGGGCCAGCCUGGGGGUGAUCUCUGAUAACCUGCUGGUGACGGGAGGCCAGGGCUGCGUCUCCUUCUGGGACAUAGGCUACGGUGACCUGCUGCAGACCGUCUACUUGGGGAAGAGCAAUGAGUCGCAGCCGGCCCGGCAGAUCCUGGUGCUGGAGAACGCGGCCAUCGUCUGCAACUUCGGCAGCGAGCUCAGCCUGGUCUACGUGCCCUCGGUGCUGGAAAAACUGGACUGAGGGGGCGGAGCUGGGCCCUGGGGCCACCAUAUCUGAGUUCUGAUUGGACAGUGCCUGGGAUAGGAGGACAGGGCAGGAGCUCCACAGGGGUUCCCAGGAGAGCCCCUGAUUCUCCCUCCCUUCCUCCUCCUCCUCCUCCUCCCCAGCUCCUUGGAUCUCAGGUGCUCCCCCU